UCCUGCGCUUGUGAUUUGUGUAUCGUUUAUUCAGCUCGGACGAAAGGCCUUUUAGGCUACUACGAGGAACUAUGAAAAGCCUUCAUAUUGGCUUAUUUUGAACGCGAGUCGCCGUAUUAUUAUAAUGAUAAAAUGAUCAUGUCUUCUUACAGAAUGCUCGCUCUUCUCGGGAUGGAUAACUGAUUCUCAUAUGAGGAGUGGCAUGAAUAUUCUAGACAUUUAUAUUCGGUUAAUAGAGUAAAGGGAAAAAAGAAAAAAAAAAAGCCCCCAAGCCAAGUUAUGUAGCCGACAAUGGUGGCUGAGGUUCCACCACCACCACCAAGUUUCUCUUGACAAAAUAUUAGCCAGUCUUACCACCUAUUUCCUUAUUAGCAUAGAAUUCGUACCGCUUCCUGUCAUUUUUCUGACGGCUUUCUCGAAUUCACAAUCCUGAAGCCUCUAAACUACUUACCUGACCUAGGUAUCUUCUAUUUACUAGCUAGCUCGUUCCAACAAAUAUGAUCCUAGAACUAAAGCUCGAUUUCUACCCCGCAUCGAACCCCAGCCGUACAGGGGUCCUCGUACUCCCAGGCGGCGGGUAUGAUUUUAUUUCCAUGGAGAAGGAAGGGAUAGCCCCAGCACGAUGGCUCAACGAUCGCCAGUUAGAUGCGUGGGUACUCUCGUAUACGACCGCCGGCCCGUCCAACCCGGCGCCCAUAUAUCCGGCUCCGCAGCGCGAGGCCCUGGAAGCGGCGCGGCAGAUCCGGGCGUCGGGGCGCGUCGACAGGCUAGGAAUAUGGGGAUUCAGCGCCGGCGGACAUCUCGCAGCAGUGACGGCGACGGAUCCCGCUGCGGAUCUGGAUUUUGCCAUCCUUGCUUAUCCGGUUAUCAGCAUGGCGGCGGGGACCACCCACGAGCGCUCGCGGCGCAACCUUAUCGGCGAUGGGCGCGGGGCCGGGAGUGACGUCGAGAAUGCCAUGUGUGCCGAGAAGCGCAUAGAUGGAAACACGCCGCCUACGUUCCUGUUUCAUACUGCAAAUGACGACGUGGUGCCGGUGCAGAACACCUUGGGGUUUGCCGUGGCGAUGGCAAAGUACGAAAGACCCUUUGAACUUCUUAUCAUUCCGGAUGGUCCCCAUGGGAUAGGGUUGGCAUUGGGUGAUGAACGGUUGGGUUGGACCGGUGAACUGGACAAGUGGCUGAAGAUUUCUGCCUUAAAAAAUUAAACUAUUCCGUGGAGAAUCAUUUAUAUAGUUUGUGCUCUGAUGCUCACCAGGCCGGGACUUGUCUAAUUAAGAAUAUAAUUAGAUGUCAACAAGACUCAAGAUGCUUAACUGCGGCACUCUAGUCACGUAACUGUAUGCAAAUA